GGUGUGGAGGUGGUGUAGCACGAGGUGGUGUCACUGUCAGAGAAGGUGGUACUACGGGCGGAAGAUGUUAUCGGGUGGAUGCGGGCGGCCGUGGGCGUAAAGUGGGAUACUGGGCUCAUGGGGGUGUACGGCCCACCCUCGCAGGACCCUGCCAAUGAUGCCCACUACACCCCGCCCAUCUCAGGAGCUCUCGAUAUUAACGAGGUCCUCAGAGAGAAAAAGUUAAUAGGUGAUGUUGUUGAGCCAAACAGUCUACACAUCAUCGUCCUAGCGUUUGACAAAUACUGUCGAAUGCGUGGUCUGCUCAAGCGGUUAGAGGGCGUGGAGGAAGAGUACAUGAGAAGUAGAAUUGUGGUGGCAUUAGGAGGCUUUGUAGUCCCUUCCAGACGCACACGAAUGCUCUUCUGCAGAGACGUGUUUGACUACCCAGAACUAGAGGGCCACGACUUACUGUGUAAUCAUCUGUCAAUAUCACCCACAGCACCUAAGCUUCAAGGUCGGCCAAGAAAGAAGCGGAAGAAGCCGACAGAUUCAGAGUCAGAAUCAUCGGAAACGUCAGAAGAUAUCAGACCCCGUCUCAAAGGCAAGCCAGGUCUUACUGCGAAGCCCAAUGGCAUCAGAGCGUUGGAUCGGAAAGGUGGUUCUCGGGCGCACUUGUCGCAGGUCAAAAAUGACUUUUCAACGCCAGCCUUGAACCGUCUCAUAGAGGUGGACUUUAUGUCCAAGCUGCACAAGUUCAUGAAGGAUCGUAGUACACCAAUCACAAGAUUGCCACACAUUGGCUACAAACAAUUAAAUGUGUUUGAGUUGUUUACGAGAGUGCAGCAGCAAGGGGGCUAUGAGUCUGUAGGAGAGAAGAAGCUGUGGAAGCAGUUGUACGAGGAGAUGAGUGGCACUCCGAACUCUUCCAAUCCACCACAAAAUGCACAGUCAUACUCCAGCAUAAUGAAGCGCCAUUAUGAAAGACUGUUGUUGCCAUAUGAGAAGUUCUUACUACAAGAACAAAAGAAACUUUGGGGAAUUGGUUCACCAAAGACUCCAAAAGCUAAAUCUGAGCCAGGAGAACCCUCAGUAUCCAUCCUUCAGCAGCAUGUGCCAAGUGACACCAAGCCCUCUCUCAAGUUUGGGGGCUCCUGUCACCAGCUGCUGCCUCCCCACGUUCCUCCUGGCCACCAUGGGGGGGCACAGGAGGCACAUGGGUUACCCAGUGGGCCUCACUCUGGUGGGCCCUUGGGUGCCUCGCCACCCGUGGGCACGCCGCCCCAGGCCAGCCCAGCACCACCCACCUCUGUCAGUCCUCCAACAACACCUCCUGAGCUGGCGGUUCCUAAGGUGAACACCAAGAAGGAAGGCAACACAAUCCCAGCAGAUCUGGCGAAGCGGCCGGAGAUCACCAUCACUCCCAUUCCACGCUCCCUUGGGUCAUUAGGGGCACCAGAGUCGUCACUUUCAGGGGUUUUAGAUGCUGGUCUUCCCUCAAUGCCACCAGGACUCCAGGGUCUCCAAUUGGCAGACCUCAUGACUCUGGGAGGGUUAAAAUCUACAUUAGGAAUGUCAGCACUUCAGGAUCUUGCCAAAAUUGCAGAGAGAAAUCUACUUUUUGGCAGAUAUGAAAAACCAUUACAAGAACCAGCCAUGAAAAGAUUAAAAACAGAAGGAGCAAGAGUUAAUGGUGCCAGUUCAAGAGAGAAAGAUAAUGGACGACCGUCUGUGAUCCAAGAAACUCCAGUAAGUAAGGCACCUUUACCGGCAGUACCUGGACUCGUCUCAGCUGAUGUAUUAAGACAAAUGAACCUCUUAGACCCUAGUGCCAAGUUACUCCUUCCAGCACACCAGAGCAACAAAACGAUAAGUGCACUGGCACAGCUCUUACCCCAAACUAGCAUCUUCCCAGCACCAGCACCAGCAGCCCACCAGCACCACAUAACCAAGUCUCCGCGGGAUCCUAUGAGACCUGAUCCUCCGAGGGUCUUCCAGCCACCUUCUGUGUAUUCUCAGUCUAAACACAUGUAUGGUAAACCUACUACAGAUGUUAAGGACAUGAGUAAAGACAAUAAGAGUUCUAGUCCAGAAAUAGAAAUUCUGGACUUAAGUCGUGCAUCAGGAAACAGAAAUGGUAGAUCAUCUAAAACAGAAAGACCAGAAAUAGAACUGUUAGAUUUAUCCACGAGGCGUGAUAUAACAGUGUCCUCAAUUUCUAAACCAGGUACUAGUAAGAAUUGUAAUAUGGGCAGAAUUCCCCCUCCUCAUGUCAGCAUAAGAUCCUCAGAUACCCCUCCUAAACAUUCACCCAGUAAACACCCAGGAGCACUUGGUGCAGCUUCAGCAGCAGCACUAGCAGCUGCUGCAGCCCAAGGGAUACCACCAGGGUUAGCAGGUCUCCAGUUAAACCCUGCUGUACUACUCCCGUACCUGUCACCCAUCCUUGCUCCUGGAGUUAAACCAGGCUCUGGAGCAGGGGGUCCUCCUCUGUCAAUGUUUUCAUACAUGGACCCUGCUACCCUUGCUGCAUACUACAGUAUGUUGCCUCACACCUUAAUUCCCACAACUAAUAGUGGUGGCAGCAAUAGUGGGUCAUCCGCAGCUCAACACAUGGCAGCAGCCCAGCUACAACUAGGUUCAUUAGGACUUUCAGGUUUGUCAGGUCUGUCACCUGAGGCUUUAGCAAGUCUGGGCAUGUACAAGAAUUUCCUUCCCCAAGGCAACCUUCCCGCCCCACACUUCCUCUCGGGUCUCAUGUCACCACACAAUCACAACCCGCCCACGAGUAAGUAACAUUAUCAAUAUGGCCAAAUUAAUCACCUCACAUCAUUUUCUCCUGUAACAUUCACAUAAAUACCUUUGCUUUAUUACAUAUUUAUUCUUCUUCUCUUACAAUGUUAAUUCCAUGCAAGCUGUUAACUUUUUUUCAUUUUCUAUAUGUACAUUAUCUUGUUUACCUCCUUUUUUUUCAUAUUUCAUAAAGAUUUCUGUUUAUAAUAUCUAUAUUUAUCUUUACUUUCUCCAUUUUACUUCCAACAUCACUUCAGAUUUAUAAAUAGUCUUUCUUCUAUCUUCAGUACCCACAUGUUCUUGUAUUUUUACCAUGUUCAUAUCUCAAGUCAUCAUACCAUUGCUCACCACAUCACCACCACUACCACAGCCCCAUGAUUCCCACUGAUUGUGUCACCCCCUGAAUAAGUGUACCGGAUUUGCUUGUGCAUAUCUGGGGAUAUUUAAGAAACCAAUUUUUCAUGGCAUUCUGUUGCUCUACUUAAAAUUUAAAUCUUUGUGAUAAUAAACCAAUCUCUGUACUGUAUCUCUAGCAUAUGAAUACUUUAGUGUGAGAAAGUGGCAACUACCUUAUCAUUUAUUAGCCGAGCCAAAAUACAGAAUUCUAAAGAAAGUGGAAUUGGUUGGUAGCCAUUUUGUCUGAGAUGCUUUCUUAUAAAAAAAUUGGAAAAGUAAAUUAUUGAGGUAAUGUGAAUGUAUUCACAAUAAACAAUUAGUACAGUACGUACAAUAUUUUGUAUUUGUCAAGAUUUUUAGAUGGAGGUUCAUCCAAAUUGUGUCUAAAUUGUAAAUGUCUCCUACAAAGUUAUGCUGUUUAUUAUGAAGUGUUCAUUGCCAGCAGCUCAAAUAUAUUCAAACAUAUAUAAUUAACAUUUUCUAUUCCCAAUUUUGAUAAAAAACAUAUUUAAAAAGUAGCAAUGGGAUAACAUAAAAAAUAAAUUUCUUAAAAUGGGAAGUUUAUAUAUGCCAUGGGAGAAGGGGCUCUUUUGGUACCUGGUUUAGAAUAAGAUUUUCUUGGGUUCAGUAAGUGCCUAGUUUUGGUUUUUCUUCCUUUUUCAAAUUAUAACAGGGAAGCAUUUGUGUGAUGUAAAUAAGUACAGUGAUUGAUUUCUUCAUUCUUUUUUAAUUUUUUAUGAUAAUAGGUUAGCUAAUCUUUUUGUAAAAGUUUCGUAGUCAUAGCCAGAAAGACAAUUGCUUAGCUGUGGUUCAUGAAAAAAAAUAGGGAGCUGGCUAUUGAAGCGUCAGUUCCUGGAUCGAGUUACGAGUUCGAUUGCGACUACCUCCAGUGUCAAGAUGUACAUUCAAAAACUCACUCACUCACGAGGUGAAAUGAUUGACGAUGGAACAGAGGAAGAUACAGUGAUCAUGAAUGGUAUAUCCAGUCAUAUGAACUUACACACAGAUAUACAGGGACAGUGGCCAUGAAUGGUAUAUCCAGUCAUAUGAACUUACACACACAGAUAUACAGUACAGGGAAGGAAAACAGACGAAUGUCACCGAAACGUGUCAAGAUAGGUACGUGUCUGUCCAUGAAACACCUCUGGAUAAACUUUUUAGAUCAUUUUUGAUCAUUAUGUGUUCAUCGUUCUGUUUUCAGUAAUUUACCUCAAGUAGUGUGUAAUUUGUUUCUCCAUGAGAAUCUUUUAAGUACUUUUAACUUGUAGAUACGUGUAUGUUGAAUAAAGAAUGGUCCUUCCAUAAGUGUUAUACUGUAUCUCUUGAUUGACCAAAGAUUUCCUCAAUAGCAUUCAUUCAUUGUACAUAUUUGUGCAAAUCUUGAUUUACAUAAUUUGUACAUAAUGGAAGUGAUUGUAUUAACCAAAUAGAAAGGACCAAGUAACGUUAGUAAAAUGAACAAGGUAGCUGGAAGACGAUGUAGUCUGACAAUACCUGAGGUUCUUUUUCUCCCGAAGACUUUGGCAAUUCUUACCUGAAGCAUUACCUUUUGUACCAGUGUAAGGAAAAUAUUGAUGUAAUAAACAACUUUUGAGUAAAA